CUCCUGCCUGGGCUGUCCCUUCGGCGCCUGUUAGUUUAGCCUUAACAAAGAUAUUUGUAUUAUAACUUUUUCGGUCAGGAAACAAUCGCACAGGCAUCUUAGUCUGGAUAGUAACGUUCAAACUCAACCCCUGCCUUCUGACCUCAUUAUCAAAUCCUGAAGCAGUAGUGGGCGGGAGUCAGGCGGUGUGGGGACAGCUCCGAGGUGCCGAAAGUCCCCGGCUCGCUUCCUCCUGUGAAGACGUCGCUGCGGGUGGCUGUGGUGGUGUCGUCCAACAUGUCGACCAAGAAUUUCCGAGUCAGUGACGGAGACUGGAUUUGCCCUGAUAAAAAAUGUGGAAAUGUAAACUUUGCUAGAAGAACCAGCUGUAAUCGAUGUGGUCGGGAGAAAACAACUGAGGCCAAGAUGAUGAAAGCUGGUGGCACUGAAAUAGGAAAGACACUUGCAGAAAAGAGCCGAGGUCUAUUCAGUGCAAAUGACUGGCAGUGUAAAACUUGCAGUAAUGUGAAUUGGGCCAGAAGAUCAGAGUGUAACAUGUGUAAUACUCCAAAGUAUGCUAAAUUAGAAGAAAGAACAGGAUAUGGUGGUGGUUUUAAUGAAAGAGAAAAUGUUGAAUAUAUAGAAAGAGAAGAAUCUGAUGGUGAAUAUGAUGAGUUUGGACGUAAAAAGAAAAAAUACAGAGGGAAGGCAGUUGGUCCUGCAUCUAUAUUAAAGGAAGUUGAAGAUAAAGAAUCAGAGGGAGAAGAAGAGGAUGAGGAUGAAGAUCUUUCUAAAUAUAAGUUAGAUGAGGAUGAGGAUGAAGAUGAUGCUGAUCUUUCAAAAUAUAAUCUUGAUGCCAGUGAAGAAGAAGAUAGUAAUAAAAAGAAAUCUAAUAGACGAAGUCGUUCAAAGUCUCGAUCUUCACAUUCACGAUCUUCAUCACGCUCAUCCUCCCCCUCAAGUUCAAGGUCUAGGUCCAGGUCCCGUUCAAGAAGUUCUUCCAGUUCGCAGUCAAGAUCUCGUUCCAGUUCCAGAGAACGUUCGAGAUCUCGUGGGUCGAAAUCAAGAUCCAGCUCCAGGUCCCACAGGGGCUCUUCUUCCCCAAGAAAAAGAUCUUAUUCAAGUUCAUCAUCUUCUCCUGAGAGGAACAGAAAGAGAAGUCGUUCUAGAUCUUCUUCAUCUGGUGAUCGCAAAAAAAGACGAACAAGAUCACGGUCACCCGAAAGCCAGGUGAUUGGUGAAAACACUAAACAACCCUGAGCCCAGGGCCAACCCCUACGGAACACCACUACUUUACCCAGGCGCCACAGGUCAUCUUCUGGAUCGUCCCAUUCUGAUUCCCGUUCAAGUUCAAAAAAGAAAUAAUGUAUUAAAAUUUACAUCUUUAAAAAAAAAAUUCAGUACAGUGCAUGAAGCAUAUUUUUUAAGAAGUUGGUGUCUUACUUGGUCAGAAGUGCUAAAUCUGCUAGUAGAGGUGCAUGCCUUUCAUUGCUUUUCAAAACAAUACAGCUGUGUUUAUUUGUGAAAUUAAAUAGCAUUUUAAGCCAUAAUGUCCCAAAUGCUUAAUUUGUCCUUCGUUAUUUACAACCAUUUGCUUCAUUUGAAACCAUCUUAAUUUUAACAAAGUACUUUAUUUCCUAAUUUAAAUUCUUGUUUUUCUCAUUUCCAAAUAUAUCCUGUGUAUUGGAUAAGACAGAACUACCUUGACUUGCCUGAAUUUGGGGCAUGGAGGCAAGACUGUGGUAAACUCGUUGGAAACAACCUGUUCAUGUUAAUCUGGGGAAAGAAGUCAACCUGUUUAUGUUGUUAAUCUAUGUCAAAGUAAUUCUUACCAGAAAAAGCUAAACUGAGUUGUAAAACAGCCUCCUGGAAACUGCUUUAUUUUGAAAUUCCUUGUGCUAAGGGUGCCUUAGAAUUAUUGUCUCUCUUUUAUCCAGCUUUAUACUUUUUUGCAUUAUCACACUUAAUGCAAAAGAGUCUUGUGAAUUGCAGAAGGAAAGUGUUAUUUUUCUUUCUGACACAUAAUUUGGGACAAGAAAGAAAGUCUGUUUAUCUCUUCUCUACUGAUAUGGUUGCCUAAUAAGAAAAAAAUCUUAUUUCAAAAUGUUUAUCUUACUGUUUUAAGAAUUUUUGUGUGAUAUCCUGAAAAUCCAGUUAUUAAAUAUGAUAGGGUAGAACAGGCUAAAUCAUAGUUAAUGAGCAAAUUGAAGAAAGCUUUUGAAGUAUAUUUCUCUUUUGGUAAAAGGCCAACAAACGUGAAUUUAAGUGAACAUUUGCCUUGAGAUGUUUAAUUGUAAACACUGCAUAAAAUUUUCUUCUGAAUAACAAAUGAAUGCUUAUUUCUGCAUGAUGUAAGCAAAAAAUCAUUAUUUUUCUUAUUUACUUGAAAUAAUUUAUGGCUUAAAAUGCUUUCAGAGUUUGUUUUAUUUCUAAAAAUCUGGUCACUUGAGCUCCAUUUUGUCUUCUGGUUUAAAAAUAAAGAGAUUUCUCUUAACAGUAUCUUCAAUGACAAUGCAAGGUAAGUAUAUUGAAGGAAAUCAACAAUUGUGCUUGGGAACUUUUUGUUAUGGAGUAUUGAUUUCUUUUUAUUGUUUUUCUUCUUCCCCCCAUCCCCCUACAUUGUCUGCUGCAAUUUAAAUAAAAAUUGAAACAUUUUAAAGUAUUUAGUAGAUAGACCAAACAAAAUUAUAUUUGUUUUUUAUUUUGAAGUGUUUUUCUCUUCAACUGAUCUAAAAGUGAAAACAAAGUAUCUUAUGUAGAAAUAUUUUGAUAAUAUUUUUACAGUGAGCUUUCCCAUGUUUUUAUGUCUUAAUUUUCUUUGCUACGUUAUUGUAGGUUGCACAAGAACUUUUACUCUCUUGUAAUUGUGCCUCAGACUUUUUGAAAGUCUACCUUCUAAAUUGCCCAGAUGAUCUUCUAGAUUCUACAUGUUACCAUUGGUUUAUUCUUGUGCUUUCUGUAUUUAGAACUUUGGCUGUACUAAGCAAAUAUAAGGUUAUAAAUUUAGCUAAUAGUAGUUUACAGACAAUUCAGAUGAUUAUGAUUUGAUUUGGUUUAACUAAGUUGUACUAGUUCAUUUCAUAAGGAAAUGAUGCUGUAGACAAAUGUAAAUAAAGUCUGUAAGUCAAGCAUCAAGUGGUGUUUGUUAGAAAUAAACUAGAGAUUUUUAA